AAAUAAAUCUGCAAUUAAGAAAGAGAAAAAGAUAGAAGAAGACGAGUCUCUGUUGUUUUUCAAUUCGCAGGCAAAACCUAACAAAAGAGAAAUCACCUUCAUUCCUGAUUCAACUCAACAAUGGCGGAUGCAUUGGCCGAUUCACACAUCGACAACAGCAACACUGCAGCGGUACAAGCCACCAACGAUGAUGCUUCCGCGAGUAAAUUGUCAUGUGUGAAAAAGGGAUACAUGAAAGAUGAUUACAUUCAUUUAUUUGUGAGAAGGCCUGUAAGGAGAUCUCCAAUUAUUAAUCGCGGUUACUUUUCUCGUUGGGCUGCCCUCCGGAAACUUCUCUACCAGUUUCUUGAUGUUGAGAAAAAGACUGAUGAAAAUGGCCCAACAAAGAUGCAGAUAUUAUCACUCGGAGCAGGCUUUGAUACAACAUAUUUUCAGUUGCAGGAUGAGGGGAAAGCACCACAUUUAUACGUGGAAGUGGACUUUAAGGAGGUAACAAGUAAAAAGGCGGCACUUAUUGAGACUUGCAGUCAAUUGAAGGAUAAACUUGGUGAAACAGCUUCCAUUUCAAGAGAGAAAGGAGAAGUGGUCAGUGCUCAUUAUAAAUUAGUCCCUGCAGAUUUGCGUGAUGUAAAACAAUUAAAUGAUAUUAUAACCAUUACCGAGAUGGAUCCUAGCCUGCCAACUUUUAUAAUUGCAGAAUGUGUUCUGAUUUACUUGGAUCCAGAUUCAAGUCAUGAAGUUGUUGGCUGGGCCUGUCGAACAUUUUCAACCGCAAUAUUUUUUCUUUAUGAGCAGAUCCAUCCAGAUGAUGCUUUUGGGCAGCAGAUGAUCCGAAAUUUGGAGUGUCGAGGUUGUCCUCUGUUGGGCAUUUAUGCCACACCAACUUUACUUGCAAAGGAAAAAUUAUUUCUGGACCAAGGAUGGCAGAAGUCUGUUGCAUGGGACAUGCUGAGAGUUUAUAAUGAUUUUGUUGAUGCUCAAGAAAGACGCAGGAUUGAACGUCUGGAAUUGUUUGAUGAAUUUGAAGAGUGGUACAUGAUGCAGGAGCACUACUGUGUGACUUAUGCAAUCAACGAUGCAAUGGGCCUUUUUGGGGAUUUUGGAUUUCUUAAUAACAACAACGUGCUUCCUUCCCCAUGAAGAAAGAGUAUCCAUACACUCUCACAGCACAUAUUUAUACUAUAUAUAUUUUUCUUCCCAAAGGCAUUAUGUGGCUGUUAGUUGUAACUCUUAAUCCAGGAAUUACUAAUGUUGGGGAUGUUGUUGUUUGUCUGUUAAAAAGGUUUGUGAGAAACUUGUUACAUAUUGUACCAGAGUUUAGCCAAAUGGAUGAUUGGUUUUGUGUGUAUGGACUAUGAUGGACUACCUCUUCAUGUAUUGUUUGUUUCCCACAAAGCAAAGAUACUUGCCUUUUUCUGCUAGCUGUUUGGCAAAGAAAACAUGGUGGGACCCACACAGCACCGACAGAUUGAUAAAUCAUCAUCCUGUGUGGGGAUAUGUCCAUGUGGAAGAUACAUGAAAAAUAGUAGGCUUGUUUAUUGCUUUUCAAUUUCAAUACAGACACUUUCUCUUAUA